ACUGGAGCAACCAGGAACUACAACACCAGGAAAUGAGCUUCAAAAACGAAGUCUGGUUUUGGCCGCUUGAGUUGUACUCGUUUUGUUUCGAACCUGGAUUUAAAUGUAAAGAUGCUCGCUAGAUUGUUGUGAAUACAGAUAGUUUAGCAUAGACUCCACCAUUCCUCUGCUACAUACAGGAGUAAAUAUAGUAUGCAUGUAAUUACUCCUGUGUCUGUAUUACCUAGCGAGAGAGCUAGCUAGACAAUUGUGAUAUACGUAUAGCCUAGAUGCGGUCAUUAUCGGUCACACCUAGGAGUAAAUAAGUGUUUGCACUCGUCUGCUCGUGAUCUGGUCAGCUUGAUAACAAGAUCGAUCACUGGCUAUAGGGAGUUAGAUAGAUAUAUCUAGCCAUCCACCCAUCCCAUAUUUGGAGUGAUUUUAUACAGUAUUCGACGGAAGCUGUCUCCAGUUAUUUUCAAUUUGAGUUUAACACGUAAUCUUACUGCCGCUGUCUCAGUGGUGGAAGAACACUCAGAGCAAACGGACAAACCCUGAAGGAUAGAAGUUUUGCCUCGAAGAAUCAAUCGUUAAGGAGCUGCACUUCUGCACAGUUUGAGCAGCAGGAUGAUGCAGGGCGGAGUCUGUCUGAGACAGGACACUGAGACAGCACUACCAGAGCUCACUGAGCAGCACAGGAUCAGACAGAAAGAAGAGGAACUCAGUGGACUGGAGUCUGUCCACAUGGCAGAGUCAGAGACAGAGUGUGCUGCACCAGGACUGAACACACUGGAGCCAGAGGGUGUUACAGCACACAGCGGGGUCAGUGAUGUACACCACACACACACACCACUGAUUAAAACUGAAACUGAUCUGGGCUCCUCCCACUCUGGGGAUCUUAUUAAGACUGAGAGCCUCGAGUGUACAGAGCUGGGAUAUGUAACCCAUCUGCAUCCUGACCAAAUCAAAACAGAGGCUGAUGAUGGAGGAUACCUUCAGGCAGAACACAUCAGUGACUUGCAGGUUAUUGAAUGUGUUGAUAUUAAAUCUGAUCCAAUGAAGUAUGAAUCCAGUGAAUGCUCAGUGAAUGAUCUCAUGAAUACUGUGAUGAACAGAGCUGCUGUUGGUCACAAAGACCAGACUGAAUCAGGGCAAUGUGCAGGAGAGCCAAACCAAAACUGUAAAAAUGAAGAAAUUCAUCAUCCGCUGACCCAAUGUGGGGAUUUAAAUCAUAACUGUGACAUAAACAAUGAGAAAACUCAGCCCAGAAUUGUUCGACAGAAAAGCACAAACAGUCAGAUAAAACAUACUGAUAUCCAGGGAACAAAUGUGAUAAAUGAACCAAUGAUAAUUAAUUCAAGUAAAAAGCCAAGCCUAUUGACUUUUUUUCAUAAGACGACAAUUCAGAGCAAUCAAAGAAAAAUUAAUAUGACUGAAAAGCGGUACAGGUGUACACGGUGUGAGAAGUGUUUUUCACAGAAAAGUACUUUAAAUUCCCACAUGAGGAUUCAUACAGGUGAAAAACCCUACAAAUGUACUGAGUGUGAAAAGUGUUUUUCACAGAAAGGUCUUUUAACUUGCCACAAGAGGAUUCAUUCCGGUGAAAAGCCGUACAAGUGUACACAGUGUGAGAAGUGUUUUUCACAGAAAAGUACUUUAAAUUCCCACAAGAGGAUUCAUACAGGUGAAAAGCCCUACAAAUGUACUGAGUGUGAAAAGUGUUUUUCACAGAAAAAUACUUUAAAUUCCCACAUGAGGAUUCAUACAGGUGAAAAACCCUACAAAUGUACUGAGUGUGGGAAGAGUUUUUCCCAAAUUACUGUUUUAAAUUACCACAAGAUGAUUCAUUCAGGUCAAAAACCAUACAAAUGCACUCAAUGUGGGAAGUGUUUUACACAGAAAAAAGCUUUAAAUCGGCACAAGAGAAUUCAUACAGGUGAAAAGCCAUACAGGUGUACACAGUGUGAUAAGUGUUUUUCACAAAAAAGUAACUUAAAUAUCCACAUGAGGAUUCAUACAGGUGAAAAACCCUACAAAUGCACUGAGUGUGGGAAGUGUUUUUCCCAAAUUACUGUUUUAAAUUACCACAAAAUGAUUCAUUCUGGUCAAAAACCAUACAAAUGUACUCAGUGUGGGAAUUGUUUUACAAUGAGAAAAGCUUUAAAUCGGCACAAGGUGAUUCAUACAGGUGAAAAGCCCUACAAAUGUGCACAAUGUGAGAAGGAUUUUCAUUCCAAAUCUAUUUUAAAUACACAUAUGAGAAUUCAUUCAGGUGAAAAGCCCUACAAAUGUACCGAGUGUUGGAAGGGUUUUUUCAGAGUAUUUAAUUUAAAUCGCCAUCUGAGUAUUCAUACGGCACCCAUGAUAAUGAAUUCAAGUAAAAACCCAAGCCUAAUGAAUUUCUUUCAAAAUAACAAAAUUCAACAAAUCAGAAGUGAAAUUAAUACAUGUGAAAAGCCAUACAAAUGUAUUCAAUGUGGGAAGUGUUUUUCUCGGAAAAGUGCUUUAAAUAGCCACAAGAUUAUUCAUUUAGGUCAAAAGACCUACAAUUAGUGUAAUCGGUGUAGGAGAUGUUUUAAUAUAAAAUACAAGUUUAAUAUUAAUGAGCGUACAGAUUAAAAGCCCUAAUCUGUAUGCUGUUCAGUGUGAGAACAGGUGCUUAGACUAGUGGAAUUUUCUGGUGUUGAACUAAACAUACUGGAAUUUGCUAUUUGGGCUCACAUUUAGGAAUUUUUUGCAUACAAUGUGAAAACUGUU